AUGAGGACCACACCGAAGUCAUAUCUAGCAAAGUAUUCGUGUAAAAAUGAUGUGGAAAAACAAGCUAAUCAGGUGCUUUCAAUAUACAGUGGGCUCAACGUCACCUGCGAAAAAUUCUACUAUGCAGACGGUACCAGCAAAGAUCUGAUAUGCUUAAAAGGAACAAUCCCUAUCAAGUUCAAAGGUGCCACGUACAACAUACCAAUCGCUAUGCAUCUGCCAGAAGUAUUCCCCAACAACCCUCCAAUCGUGUAUGUAACUCCAACCAGUACUAUGGCAGUGAAGCCUUCUCAAAUCGUGGACACCAAUGGAUUGGUGAGAAUACCAUUUCUCGCACAGUGGAAAAGCAGAACCCACUCUUUGCCGCAGUUAAUACAUCUGAUGGUACAGGAGUUUGGAAAAAGUCCACCAGUGUUUUCGAAGCCACCGGCUGGUGCACAAAGGCCACAGGCACAACCACAGUAUCCGGGUUACCCUCCGACUCAUUACGGACAGCAGCCGAACCCUUAUGGAGGAGCUAAUGGAUACGGCCAACAAACGACGCCCUACCCUGUGGGAGGAAUGGACCCUACGAGACCCCCGCACCAACAGCCUCCUGCGUAUCCUCCCCCGUACAACCCUGCUAGUGGGGCUAACGCAGCCAAUCUGCCCUAUCCUAAUAUGACACCUCCGUCCUACUCGUACGCUCCCACUGGUCAACCGCAACAACAGCCUCCAAUGUCGCAGCAUCAACCUCCUGUAUCUAAUGCCUCUAUGGCCAGUCAGAACAGUUAUGGAUCUUCGGCGGGUGGGGUGCAGCAGAUGGACCCGAUCAAGGCCUCCCUGCUGACAGCCAUCACAGAGAGUCUCUCUCGCAGGAUACAGAGUGCGCAAGAAAUGGCACAGAGGGAUCUAGAUGCACUGACAUCGGUGGGUGUGCAACUGAAGUCCAACAGAAAUCAUCUGGAGUCUACUGUGGGUCAGCUGGAGCAGCAGAUAGCAGUGGCCAACUCACAUGUGGAUCUGUUGCAGCAGAAGAAGACAGAAUUGGAGACGGCUCUGCAGCAAGUGCAGAUGAAGAGUGAAGUGGCAGAUAUUGAUGAUUGCAUCACGCCAUCUUGUCCACUUUACAAACAACUCCUGAAUCUGUAUGCGGAGGAGUGUGCGAUAGAGGACACUACAUACUACUUGGACAAGGCCCUCAUGGACAGUGUCGUGGACCUGGAAACAUACUUGAAGAACGUGCGUGCCCUGUCGAGGAAACAAUUUAUGGUGAGAGCGCAAAUGCAGAAAGCGAGACAAGUGGCAGGACUCAGAAACAUCACUCCCCACUAG